AUGAAACAGAGGAGCCGCCAACCCCUGUGCGGUGCGUUACGCCACCGGCCAGCGACAGCACGCAGCGGCGCACAGUGGGAGGUGCCCUGCGGCCCGCGCCGUGUGCGCGGACGCAUCCUUCCGGCCGGCGUCGGCUCGCGGAAGGACGCUGCGGCGCACCCUGGCUGUGACGUCACGAGCGGCCAGCGACCCCAGCGACGGCGCAGAGGUCUAGGUCGCGCCGCGCCGCGGCUGCGGAAAAAGAGAAAUAGAAAUAGAAAAAGAGAAAUAGAAAUAGAAAAAGUAAAAAGAGAAAUAGAAAUAGAAAAAGUAAAAAGAGAAAUAGAAAUAGAAAAAGUAAAAAGAGAAAUAGAAAUAGAAAAAGUAAAAAGAGAAAUAGAAAUAGAAAAAGUAAAAAGAGAAAUAGAAAUAGAAAUAGAAAAAGUAAAAAGAGAAAUAGAAAUAGAAAUAGAAAAAGUAAAAAGAGAAAUAGAAAUAGAAAUAGAAAAAGUAAAAAGAGAAAUAGAAAUAGAAAUAGAAAAAGUAAAAAGAGAAAUAGAAAUAGAAAUAGAAAAAGUAAAAAGAGAAAUAGAAAUAGAAAUAGAAAAAGUAAAAAGAGAAAUAGAAAUAGAAAUAGAAAAAGUAAAAAGAGAAAUAGAAAUAGAAAUAGAAAAAGUAAAAAGAGAAAUAGAAAUAGAAAUAGAAAAAGUAAAAAGAGAAAUAGAAAUAGAAAUAGAAAAAGUAAAAAGAGAAAUAGAAAUAGAAAUAGAAAAAGUAAAAAGAGAAAUAGAAAUAGAAAUAGAAAAAGUAAAAAGAGAAAUAGAAAUAGAAAUAGAAAAAGUAAAAAGAGAAAUAGAAAUAGAAAUAGAAAAAGUAAAAAGAGAAAUAGAAAUAGAAAUAGAAAAAGUAAAAAGAGAAAUAGAAAUAGAAAUAGAAAAAGUAAAAAGAGAAAUAGAAAUAGAAAUAGAAAAAGUAAAAAGAGAAAUAGAAAUAGAAAUAGAAAAAGUAAAAAGAGAAAUAGAAAUAGAAAUAGAAAAAGUAAAAAGAGAAAUAGAAAUAGAAAUAGAAAAAGUAAAAAGAGAAAUAGAAAUAGAAAUAGAAAAAGUAAAAAGAGAAAUAGAAAUAGAAAUAGAAAAAGUAAAAAGAGAAAUAGAAAUAGAAAUAGAAAAAGUAAAAAGAGAAAUAGAAAUAGAAAUAGAAAAAGUAAAAAGAGAAAUAGAAAUAGAAAUAGAAAAAGUAAAAAGAGAAAUAGAAAUAGAAAUAGAAAAAGUAAAAAGAGAAAUAGAAAUAGAAAUAGAAAAAGUAAAAAGAGAAAUAGAAAUAGAAAUAGAAAAAGUAAAAAGAGAAAUAGAAAUAGAAAUAGAAAAAGUAAAAAGAGAAAUAGAAAUAGAAAUAGAAAAAGUAAAAAGAGAAAUAGAAAUAGAAAUAGAAAAAGUAAAAAGAGAAAUAGAAAUAGAAAUAGAAAAAGUAAAAAGAGAAAUAGAAAUAGAAAUAGAAAAAGUAAAAAGAGAAAUAGAAAUAGAAAUAGAAAAAGUAAAAAGAGAAAUAGAAAUAGAAAUAGAAAAAGUAAAAAGAGAAAUAGAAAUAGAAAUAGAAAAAGUAAAAAGAGAAAUAGAAAUAGAAAUAGAAAAAGUAAAAAGAGAAAUAGAAAUAGAAAUAGAAAAAGUAAAAAGAGAAAUAGAAAUAGAAAUAGAAAAAGUAAAAAGAGAAAUAGAAAUAGAAAUAGAAAAAGUAAAAAGAGAAAUAGAAAUAGAAAUAGAAAAAGUAAAAAGAGAAAUAGAAAUAGAAAUAGAAAAAGUAAAAAGAGAAAUAGAAAUAGAAAUAGAAAAAGUAAAAAGAGAAAUAGAAAUAGAAAUAGAAAAAGUAAAAAGAGAAAUAGAAAUAGAAAUAGAAAAAGUAAAAAGAGAAAUAGAAAUAGAAAUAGAAAAAGUAAAAAGAGAAAUAGAAAUAGAAAUAGAAAAAGUAAAAAGAGAAAUAGAAAUAGAAAUAGAAAAAGUAAAAAGAGAAAUAGAAAUAGAAAUAGAAAAAGUAAAAAGAGAAAUAGAAAUAGAAAUAGAAAAAGUAAAAAGAGAAAUAGAAAUAGAAAUAGAAAAAGUAAAAAGAGAAAUAGAAAUAGAAAUAGAAAAAGUAAAAAGAGAAAUAGAAAUAGAAAUAGAAAAAGUAAAAAGAGAAAUAGAAAUAGAAAUAGAAAAAGUAAAAAGAGAAAUAGAAAUAGAAAUAGAAAAAGUAAAAAGAGAAAUAGAAAUAGAAAUAGAAAAAGUAAAAAGAGAAAUAGAAAUAGAAAUAGAAAAAGUAAAAAGAGAAAUAGAAAUAGAAAUAGAAAAAGUAAAAAGAGAAAUAGAAAUAGAAAUAGAAAAAGUAAAAAGAGAAAUAGAAAUAGAAAUAGAAAAAGUAAAAAGAGAAAUAGAAAUAGAAAUAGAAAAAGUAAAAAGAGAAAUAGAAAUAGAAAUAGAAAAAGUAAAAAGAGAAAUAGAAAUAGAAAUAGAAAAAGUAAAAAGAGAAAUAGAAAUAGAAAUAGAAAAAGUAAAAAGAGAAAUAGAAAUAGAAAUAGAAAAAGUAAAAAGAGAAAUAGAAAUAGAAAUAGAAAAAGUAAAAAGAGAAAUAGAAAUAGAAAUAGAAAAAGUAAAAAGAGAAAUAGAAAUAGAAAUAGAAAAAGUAAAAAGAGAAAUAGAAAUAGAAAUAGAAAAAGUAAAAAGAGAAAUAGAAAUAGAAAUAGAAAAAGUAAAAAGAGAAAUAGAAAUAGAAAUAGAAAAAGUAAAAAGAGAAAUAGAAAUAGAAAUAGAAAAAGUAAAAAGAGAAAUAGAAAUAGAAAUAGAAAAAGUAAAAAGAGAAAUAGAAAUAGAAAUAGAAAAAGUAAAAAGAGAAAUAGAAAUAGAAAUAGAAAAAGUAAAAAGAGAAAUAGAAAUAGAAAUAGAAAAAGUAAAAAGAGAAAUAGAAAUAGAAAUAGAAAAAGUAAAAAGAGAAAUAGAAAUAGAAAUAGAAAAAGUAAAAAGAGAAAUAGAAAUAGAAAUAGAAAAAGUAAAAAGAGAAAUAGAAAUAGAAAUAGAAAAAGUAAAAAGAGAAAUAGAAAUAGAAAUAGAAAAAGUAAAAAGAGAAAUAGAAAUAGAAAUAGAAAAAGUAAAAAGAGAAAUAGAAAUAGAAAUAGAAAAAGUAAAAAGAGAAAUAGAAAUAGAAAUAGAAAAAGUAAAAAGAGAAAUAGAAAUAGAAAUAGAAAAAGUAAAAAGAGAAAUAGAAAUAGAAAUAGAAAAAGUAAAAAGAGAAAUAGAAAUAGAAAUAGAAAAAGUAAAAAGAGAAAUAGAAAUAGAAAUAGAAAAAGUAAAAAGAGAAAUAGAAAUAGAAAUAGAAAAAGUAAAAAGAGAAAUAGAAAUAGAAAUAGAAAAAGUAAAAAGAGAAAUAGAAAUAGAAAUAGAAAAAGUAAAAAGAGAAAUAGAAAUAGAAAUAGAAAAAGUAAAAAGAGAAAUAGAAAUAGAAAUAGAAAAAGUAAAAAGAGAAAUAGAAAUAGAAAUAGAAAAAGUAAAAAGAGAAAUAGAAAUAGAAAUAGAAAAAGUAAAAAGAGAAAUAGAAAUAGAAAUAGAAAAAGUAAAAAGAGAAAUAGAAAUAGAAAUAGAAAAAGUAAAAAGAGAAAUAGAAAUAGAAAUAGAAAAAGUAAAAAGAGAAAUAGAAAUAGAAAAAGUAAAAAGAGAAAUAGAAAUAGAAAAAGUAAAAAGAGAAAUAGAAAUAGAAAAAGUAAAAAGAGAAAUAGAAAUAGAAAAAGUAAAAAGAGAAAUAGAAAUAGAAAAAGUAAAAAGAGAAAUAGAAAUAGAAAAAGUAAAAAGAGAAAUAGAAAUAGAAAAAGUAAAAAGAGAAAUAGAAAUAGAAAAAGUAAAAAGAGAAAUAGAAAUAGAAAAAGUAAAAAGAGAAAUAGAAAUAGAAAAAGUAAAAAGAGAAAUAGAAAUAGAAAAAGUAAAAAGAGAAAUAGAAAUAGAAAAAGUAAAAAGAGAAAUAGAAAUAGAAAAAGUAAAAAGAGAAAUAGAAAUAGAAAAAGUAAAAAGAGAAAUAGAAAUAGAAAAAGUAAAAAGAGAAAUAGAAAUAGUAAUAGUAAAAAGAGAAAUAGAAAUACUCGCUCAUAUCCAGCAAGGUGAGAACAGUAGCAGCAUGGAGGGGGCGUGCGCUGCCGCGGGCAGGGCAGUAUGUGGAGCGUGCGGUGCGCGGCUGCGCGCUGGGUGGGCACAGCAGCUGUGA